AUGGCGGUGGUGAGGCUGGUGAUGGCGGUGGUGACGUUGGUGCGAGUCGUGGCGGUGGUUGCGGCGGUAGUGGUGGGGAUGGUGCCAGUGAUGGCGGUGACCGUGGCGGUCGUGCUUCUGAGUGUGCCCGACUUCAUGAACAGGAAGUUUUUCGGAGUCCAGAAUCCGUACCAGCUGAAGUCCCUCCGCGAGACUGACGGAGCCUCUCUGGCAGGAUUCGGCUCACGCGGCCCCCAGCGCCCCGUCACAGUCAGCAAGAGCUCUGCGGCGCCCGGCAGCUACGACCCGGAGAGUUCCAUCGGCCAGUCGAUCUCGGCUAAGCUUCGGCAGCUGGCAAAGAUCGCACAGGGCGGCGCCUUCGGUGGCUCCAAGACGGGGGAGCGCUUCUUCCAGGGCCCUGGGGCGUCAGGCGACAACGCGAUGUCCAUGUCUGCACCGUCGUUGCCACAAGCGGACCCGGUCAAGGACGCCGGUGAUGCAGCCAGGGGCUCCUUCAAGUCCGAGGCCCCGCGACUGCCGGCUCCCACCAACGAGGAGCUGCCGGGGCCUGGGGCGUACGAUCCCAUCACGAAUCCGGAUUUCCGCGCGGGAUGGAGGAUCGCGAAGACCGACCACGUGGGCUUUGGCGGCAGUGGUGUCCGGUUUGCCAGCGGGGAGACCGACGUUCCGCCACCGGGGUCCUAUGAGACGGUGCACGAGAACAUCCGAGGGGGCUACCAUCCCUUCCGAUCCACGGAGGCACGUGGGCUGCCAAUGCCAAAGGUGGCUCCAAAGGGCCUCGAUCCAGGCUGUUAUGACGUGGCGAGAAGCUUGAUUCGCAAGACCUUCAACACCAAGGUCGAGGAGCAUGCUCUGCUCCUGCAGACGCCCAGCGACAAGCGCCCGCCCCCGAGGGGCCCCUUCCCAUGGGCGGAAGGCUCCAGCUGGAAGCCCAAGCAGGCCCUGGAACGAGCCGCGUUGGAGGAUGCGCCGACCCAGGCCGGCUGA